AUGAUUUCUUUAGGAACGCAGUGCGAGGAGGAUACUGAUUGCAAUAACCCUUUACAGUGGUGCAGUUUUGGAAAUUGCCGUUGCAAAGCCGGUCUGAUACAACACGAAGGAUUCUGUUAUAAUGUAACAACCUUUGGAAAUCCCUGCCAAGAAGAAUCUCAAUGUCUAGGACUGUUUUGCUAUGCCGCUGAAAAGGGUGGGCCGACUACAUGCCAAUGUGGGAGGUUUGGAGCUUACAAUCGAACUACUGAAAAAUGUGAUUAUUCCUUCGAUCAACUAGAAUCAUUAUUAGAGAAAGAAGAUAAUGAAGGUCGAAUUGAACGAGAAGCUGAUUAUAUAUUUCAUUAUGUCGUAAUUGCUGGAUGUAUAGCUAUGAUAAUGAUGGCUACAGUCGGAUUUUCUGCAAUAUUGUACUGUAUAUACAUGAAAAAGCAGGAUGAAAAGCUCAAAUCGUGGUUGAGAAAAGCCGAACUAAAUCGUCGAAAAACUUCGACCGGAAUCGGAAGUACAACAGUCGAUCCGAAAGCUGCUGAUGCGAUGCACACAAUGGAUGUUCCUGGCGACAUGGACGCUUCUAUGGCGUUUGAUAUGUAG